CCUCAACACACUCACAUACACACACCCCAACGCUCUGUGAUGCCAACCCCUCACUCCACGGUUGGACUGAAUUGCACGUUUCUCGAGGCGGUAUCAUCUGAGAAUUGGCCAGCAUAUUAUGAACCAGUCGAUGCGUUGAUGGAGAUGCGAUGGUGCAUGAAAAAGGCGGGUGAACUAUGAUCGGCGGUAAACGAGCAGAGGAACACGGAGAGAGAAAUUUGGCUCAACAUAAUCCAUCUGGACUUCAGGGGGGAAGAUGAGGACCAUGAUGGCUCCGAUGCAAACGGCGUUAUUCGUGUUUGUGCACUGGGUGCUCCAGUAUGCUGUGUGCCGUGACGUUUUUCUUCCCAAUGGACCCCUCUUCCGUGUUGCUGGCUUCCCUCUCUCCCUGCCAUGUAGCGUGUCGGGAUAUGAAGGCCCACGAACACAAGAGUUUGAAUGGUUCCAAUACAGGGAUGAUUCUGGUGGAAGGCAGAUAGGAGUGGUGUCCACCAGGGACAAAGGCUUCCCAUACGUCCCAUUCCAGGCCCGCGUGAGGAACGGGGAGGUGAGGGUGGAGAGGGACUCAGGGGACAAGGUCCGAUUGGUUAUCCAGAGGCUCCGAGCUGAAGACCAGGGAAAAUAUGAAUGUUACACACCCAGCACAGACAGCACCUACCAGGGAAACUACAGCGCCUCAGUCACUGUCAAAGUGAUACCAGACACUCUCCAGGUCAGUUUUACACGGUCACUCACUGGGCAGCCCAUGCCGGAAGGAGCUGAAUUAACCCUAACCUGCUCAGCCAGCAUCCAGUCAGAGCAGCUCACUCACCUGUCCAUCACAUUUGGGAAGCGUGGCAGUGGAGAGGCUUCAAGCAGUGGAGCCAGAGGGGAGGUCAGCAACGUUAGAGAAAUUAUCUCCAUCGAUAAAUUUCUGGGGGUCGUCCCCGGGCGACUCUACAAAAAGCGCUAUGACGACGGAGAAAUCACUCUUGAGAAAAGGAACGGAGAAGGAGGGCAGGGUGUGUACAUGAUGAAGAUGAGAGCAGUGCAGCCGGAUGACACCGGCUCGUACUUCUGUGAGGCGUCACAGUGGAUUCUGGACCCUGAUCGAUCAUGGCAGAGGAUUGCUCAGAGGACGCUGGAUAUUGGCAACUUGACUGUUCAGCAACUAGCUGAGUCUCUGAGUGUAGCAUCCUCACCCAAAGGCGAGGUAACCCUCCAGAUUGGCUUCCCUCUCAUCCUGACCUGUGAGGUGUUGGGGUUGCCAUCUGAAGUAAAUUCGGGCCUCCUGGUUCAGUGGAUGAAAAGGGGAUCUGUCAGCGGUGAGGCAGUAGUUGGAACCGGAGGAGUGGAGGUUGAGGUGGCCCGGAUGAGCCCAGAUGGUAUUGUGAACUGGGGGGACGACCUCAGCAGAGCCAGUGGUGGCUCUAUGGAGAAAGUGGGAGACGGAAAGUACUCUCUGAAGCUCUUCUCAGCCCGGCCCUCCGACUCAGGAGUGUAUCGGUGUGUGGUGAGUGUGUAUGCUGGCAGGAGGAACCCUAGCCUUGCUACGCCUGCAACGCUUACCCAGAGGUCAGAGGGAGUUACAGUCAACUUGAAAACCAAAGAUGUGUUGGUUUCAGCUGUGGCUCAGCUCCCUCGUGGCCCUUUGCUCAAACGGGGCAGCACCAUCACCUUAAUCUGCAACGCUACUGUGACUACCACAGGUCCUGCCCAGGCUCAGGUGCAGUGGCUGCGUUGGCCAAUCCCUGAACCAGUUAUCAGGAGGAAAUCUGAUGUUGCGCCACAAGAUCCACCUGCUGUGCAAAAGCCUACACUGAUAGCUGCUCUAAUGUACAACGGUGUUUCAAACAUCUACACCAACGGCAGUGAGAUUAGCGUUGACCGGCUGUCAGCCGUCAGCUAUAGACUGAGGGUCCACGUGGCAACAUUGGAGGACCAGGGCAUGUAUGCAUGCCAUGCUCAGGCAUGGGGGCAGGACCCACAUGGAGGCUGGUACAACACUGGGGCCAAAGCAGAGUCAAACGCAGUGACUGUUUACCUCUACGCCAGAGUUGCUGACCUUCUGCUCAUCCCUUUGGUGAUUGGCGUCUCAUCCGCCUUGUUUGUUGGGAUCUUCAUCAUUGCAACGGUAACCUGUUGCUUCAUGAGACGCCUGGCGAGGCAGCGUGCCCAAAAAUAAGUGUCUACUUUGUUGCUGAUUUCUCAUUAAGUGGCACAAAGAAGUGACACACACAUUAUAAUGAGAAAAAAAUGUCUUUCCCUUAUGAUUUCAAGACAAAAGGAAGUGGCAUCUUUUCUGCUGAUUUUCUGUGUUUUGUUCAAUUUCUCAUCAAUGCAAAAAAAAAAAAAAAAAAAUCUGCUUAUUAUUAUUAUUUUUUUUUAUAUAUAUUUUUUUUUAUCCAAACCUCUGGACACAACAUUGUUUAGUGGUGACACCAGUGGGCAUGACAGAUUUUUGCAAGUGAGUAAAGACAUUUUUGGAACUUUUUUCUAUGGUAUCCUUGACCACAGUUUUAGUGAUUUCCUUAUUUCUCCUUAUUCUUGUGUUUCCUUCUGGAAAAAGGUCAGAAUGCAUGUAUAAAAAGUGUCAAAGCUGAAGAGGGUUUGUAAAUUUGUUUUGACUAAUCUAACUGUAGAUAUUUUUUUUCUGUACAGGCACUUGUCCUCUCGGAGGGUCCGUUAUUACAGUGUGUUGCUACUAAACUCAUCAGAUGUUUUAUAUGAUGCUGGAUAUGUACGUCAUGUUAUGACUAACUGUGCAAGUUUCCCAUAAACAAGGAAAGUUCUGCAUUUUCACAAAUAGCUGAUGGUGUUCCUGUUGCUUCUUUCUCAGAUAGUAUGUGGUUAUUUUAACUCACAACCCAAUAAUGUGUAAAUGUGCAUGGUUGAGGUAAUACUGCUGACAGUCACGUGAAUGCUGAUGGGAGCAGUUCAUCCUCCAGAUACUCGAUAUGAGCAGGGAGAGUCCAGCACCUACGGUCCAGCACCACACUGCAUGCAAACAAAGUGUCUGUCUGUGAGUUAAUAAGUAAGCUGCUGGCUGGGGACUUUCUGAUGCAGACCAACUGAGUACCAUUUGUAAUUUUAGGCAUUGUUUCCCCGUUAUGCUUCUAGCUGUGAUGAGUUUUCCAAACAGAUUUGAAGAUUUGCAUUGUUUUGACUAAGAUAAGUAGAGAGAUAAUAUUGCACAGAGUUUAAAUAUGUAAAUACUCAACAUGAUUUAGCUGUUCUAAUAUUUGUAGUGUAAGUAAGACUGUGCUGUAGCACCAUGUUUCUUUGUCAGGCAGCUGUGUUUAACAUUCUGCAGCACUCUUCUUUGCUCUUUCAAAAUCACUCGGAUAAAAAUGGAACUGGGACCAAAGCUUCUUGGGAUCCUAUUACUUGACUAUUUUACAGCUGAAAAGUAAUUUCCUUUCUUUUUUUUUGGUGGGAUUUUUCUGUUUGUGGAAUUAAAGUUAAAGUGACUGAGAUUUAAGAGCAGUACUGUAAAAAGAAAUUCUUUUUUUUUACACUGUUUAUGGAUAUUUGUCCCUAAGCUGAAGAUGUCUUCAAGAGAUCUACUUUUUGACUUGUCUCACUAUCGGCGUCAUCGUAGUCAUCAUGUGGUUUGGGGUUCUUAUUUGUACUGCCAAGAAUUGUUAUGACUAUGGCUCGAGUUGCUAGCCCACAAAAAUCUGUUGGACAGAUUUUCUGUGUCUACACACUUAAAAUGGGAGAAAUCCAUUCUCUUUCUUUUGAAAGUAACACUUAAAUAAAGUGUUUUCAGCCAAGCAGGUCCACAUUGUCUGAUCAUGCAUGGUUACAUGGAUGGAGUCUGUCAGUCUCUGUAGGAGUUCCUCUAAAUCUCCUUCUCCUCCCUAAACUGCACUCUCUAAACCCUGAUUAUGAAUAUUUACAGACAUUAUGGAAUAAAAUCACAGCUCUGCUUGCUUCAUGAGCCAGUUUGUUCCAGAUGAACUGCUCAAAGCUGAUCUGUUCCCACACAUUGAACACAUUCAUACUCUUACACACACACACAGAGAUAUACACGUGCACACAACUGCAGUAGCAACAGGACAGUGGUGGCUGGCUGGUAUUUCAGAUGGAAGUAAGCGAAUAUCUGCGUGUUUAUCUCUAAUCCCUGGUUAUGGCUGCAGUAUUAUGCUGCCCAUCCCCCCCGCCUGUGUGUGGCUCCCAUACGAUUCAUUUCAGUCUCUGCUUCCUGAGAAUUACAGCCCCUCGUGAACGGUUUGAGUAUGAAAACAGCUGUUUGAGAUGUGUUUUAUGUGAAACCCUUUCAUGAAGGUGUUUUAUAAAUGCAGUUUAUUGUUAAGUUUUGCUUUUCAUGGUGCUUUGGCAAAACUGCCAGCUGAUAAAACCAAUAAACCACUCUGGAUUUUUAAUGUCA